AUGGGAGAAGAAGCCGGAAGAAAAUUCGCGCAAAUCGCCGCCAAGUCCAAGGGCCCUGGACCCGGAAGAUACCUUCUUCCCUCCACCUGCGGCAAGGAAGGCCACGAUAUUAGCCAGAAGAAAGCUGCUUCUUAUUCUUUUGGCAAGUAUCUUGGAUCAUCCUUUAUUAACAAAGUGUGCAGUCCGGGACCAAUCUACCGAGUGGACCCCCAGCUGACCCGACACGGCAAGGACGGAACCGCGCGAUACACGCAGCAGGGCCGCCACGCCGAAAUUUCCGUUUUCAACACUCCCGGACCAGGACGCUAUCAUAAUGAAAAUUGCCAUCCUCAGGGAGAGCGAAAUGCCCCCAAGUACUCCAUGGGAUCUCGAACGAGAUACCGAAAGAGCGACAACUAUCCGUCGGCGAACCAUUACAAUCUGCCGUCGUUGAUGGGACCCAAGAUCCCCAACAUGGCUGCUUCUUCAGCCUUUACGAUGAAAUCCCGACGACAGAUCGGGUCCUUUACUCAGGAUCUGUCCAAGACCCCUGGUCCCGCCCGAUACGACAUUGUUCCCCAGGACCGAUACUCCCAGCGACCACCCCAGUUCUCCAUGCUCGCCCGACGAUUCGUCCCCGGUGACAAGACUAACAAGCCCGGCCCUGGCAAGUACUACCCAGAAAAUGUUAAAAUCAACAAGAAGUCGGUACCCAUGUACUCGAUGGGCAUCAGACACUCUGAAUACAUCGCUCCACUCAUUGAGGGUCAAGAAGCCAAUGAAUAA